AUGGUGGAGCUGCAUCCAGUUGUGGUAGGUUGCAGCAAUGGGAAUUUUGUCCUGAAAGAGCGAGUUGGCUCCUGUGACUGGGAAUUGCUGGAUGUGGCUCCUGAAGCUCGCCGUGAAGGGGAUACCUGGGUCAUCAUUCUCUUCUUUCCUAGCUACACCUCAGUUGUUCUCCCCAGGCUCUACCUUGGGCUGGAGUCCAGCUGCACCCCGUGCCCACCUGGCUAUCACUGCAGCUCAGCAGGCCUCGUGUCCCCAUCAGGACCCUGCUCAGCAGGUUUCUACUGUCUGUCCGGAGCCUCCUCCCCAUCACCAGCAGGCAUCAGGCAGAAAGGAGGCCCUUGCCCUUUGAGCCACUUCUGUCCAGAAGGGACCAGCUUUCCAUUUCCCUGCCUGGCAGGAACAUACAACAACCUCACCCAACAAGCUGCAUGUUUCCCUUGUGCUGCUGGUUACUACUGCCCUGAAAACACCACCAGCUACAGCGUGUACCCCUGCCCACCUGGCUUCUACUGCCCCACAGGUACCAAGUUUGCCACUGAGUUCCCCUGCCCUCGGGGUUACUACAACCCUGACCCCAUGACCCAGAGCUUGGAUAGCUGCUUGCCCUGCCCUCCCGGGCACUACUGCAGGAAGGAGAACUUAACAGCUGUAUCGGGGAAGUGUGAUGCAGGUUGGUUUUGUGUAUCGGCCGCCUGGACCUCCCAGCCCUUCGACGUGGAUAACUACACCAACUCCAACUGCCUCUGCCCAGCCACUGCCACUGGAGGGAAGUGCAUGGCUGGUUUCUACUGCCCAGAGGGCAGCCCCGAGCCCAUUCCCUGCCCUCCUGGGUUUUACUGCAGUGCCUCAGGUCUGUCUGUCCCCAGUGGAGAAUGUGCUGCUGGGUUUUAUUGCACAGGAGGAGCAGCCUCUCCUAAACCAACUGAUGGUGUCACCGGGAAUAUCUGCCCCCCAGGGACCUACUGCAGUAAGUAUCAGGCCUGA